AUGGCUGACCAAACUCCCGACAACUGGGAGGAGGMCCUCUCCAGACAAGCCGACAACAUGAAUUUGAACAACGGCAACAACAACUUCCAAGCUCAAGCGGCCUCGUUCCAACCCGGUGCAGCAUCUUUUCAGCCUGGUGCCAACACCUUCGUUCCUGGUCAACAGUUCCAGCAAUACGGGUACCCUCAAUACCAGCAGCAGCAACAAGGCUAUUAUCCCGCCUACAACCAACAACAGCAAGGAUACAACCAGUAUGGUGGCUAUGGACAGCAACCGGGUAACUACAACCAGAUCUACAAUAAUCAAUAUAGUGGUGGUGGCUACAAUCAAUACUCGCAACAACAGCAACCUCAAGCUCGUCAGGCUCCUGCUGCCCAAAGGGCUCCCGAACCCGUCGCCGCGGCUGCGCAAGCCCCCAAACCCGCGACUACAACUGCUCCGAAGGCCAAAGUUCUCUCACUCGGGGAUAGCACUGGUGCCCCGAAAGCCAAGGUUCUUUCUCUUGGUACUCCGGCAGCGACAAAACCCACCAAGGACGAAACCGCACCUGGCGAUAGCAAGGGCGCAGCUGCUGCGGAGGCUGCUAACAAAGUGACUGCCGCUAAGGCAAUCGAAAAGACAGAGAAGAAAGCAGAGGCAAAGGCUGCAAGCAGCGGGAAAGCUUCACCUGCCCCGUCUUCCGGUCGUAAUAGUCCCGGACGCAGCAGCCCUUCUCGAAGCGAUGGUCCCAAAGCCACUCGUGACGCCGAUGCGGUUAGUCGUGAACAAAAGGCCGAUGUUGACGAAGCUACGUUGAAGGAAAUCUACGGCGAAAAGCGCGAACAUGUCAACCUCGUGUUCAUUGGUCACGUCGAUGCCGGAAAAUCGACUCUCGGAGGUUCCAUAUUGUAUGUCACUGGUAUGGUCGACGAACGUACACUCGACAAAUACAAGCGCGAUGCUAAAGAGGCUGGGCGUGAGACAUGGUAUUUGUCAUGGGCACUGGAUUUGACAAACGAAGAGCGUGCCAAGGGUAAGACCGUCGAAGUCGGUCGCGCUUUCUUCAAGACUACCUACCAAGGACCUGACGGCGAGGUCGAGCGUCACUUCACUAUUCUCGAUGCCCCCGGUCACAAGUCUUUUGUGCCACACAUGAUUGGUGGUGCGUCGCAGGCCGACGUUGGUGUGUUGGUCGUUUCCGCUCGUAAGGGUGAGUACGAGACUGGUUUCGAGAAGGGUGGUCAGACCCGAGAGCAUGCCCUCUUGGCCCGAAAUACCGGUGUCAAGAAGCUCAUCGUUGCUGUGAACAAGAUGGAUGACCCCACUGUCGAGUGGGCCAAAUCUCGUUUCGACGAAUGUACCGUCAAGAUCGCCAAGUUCUUGGAGAACUUGGGCUACAAGAAGACAGACCUGACCUUUAUGCCCAUCUCUGCCCAACGCACUCUUGGUAUCAAGGACCGCAUUCCCAAGGAUAUCUGCCCUUGGUAUGACGGGCCUUCUCUUCUCGAGUAUUUGACCGAGAUGAAGAUGCCUGAGCGCAAGAUCAAUGCACCUUUCAUGAUGCCCAUUAGUGCCAAGUACCGUGACAUGGGUACCAUGGUCGAAGGUCGUAUUGAAUCUGGAGUUUUGAAGAAGACCAAUAAUUACAUCAUGAUGCCCAACAGAGAAGAAAUAGGCAUUUCCGCGUUAUACGGCGAGACUGAGGAUGAAAUUGCCACUGCAACCUGUGGUGAUCAGGUCCGACUCCGUCUUCGUGGUAUCGAAGAAGAAGAUAUCCUUCCCGGUUUUGUCCUUUGCUCGCCCAAGCGACCAGUCCACUGUGUCUCAGCAUUUGAAGCCAAGAUCCGUAUCUUAGAGUUGAAGAGCAUUCUUUCUGCUGGUUAUAACUGUGUUUUGCACGUGCAUUCUGCUAUUGAAGAAGUUACCAUUGCUGCAUUGCUGCACAAACUCGAGCCCGGCACAGGCCGUAAGAGCAAGCGUCCACCUGCUUUUGCCAGCCGAGGCCAGACUAUCAUUGCCCGUGUUGAGGUCACUGGUUCCGCAGGUGCAGUCUGCGUGGAGAGAUAUGAAGAUUACGACCAACUGGGUCGUUUCACAUUGCGUGACCAGGGACAAACAAUCGCCAUUGGUAUGAUCACAAAGCUGCUCCUUAACGAAGAUGCCGCUUAA